CCCGAUCCAGCGCGCUGAAGAACUACGAGCUGCUGCACCGGAUCACGGGGGAGGGGCUGUCGGUGGAGUACUGCUUCAGCCGCCAGCCCUUCAGCCCCGACGCCAACAUGGUGGCCGUGCAGAUGCAGUUCACCAACAGCGCCACCGCCGACACCAAGAACCUGCACAUCGAGGACGCCAAGCUGCAGUCGGGGAUGAGAGUCAAGGAGUUCCCCGAGAUCGAGCUGCUGCCUGCAGGGGAGACCGCCACGGCCGUCAUGGGCAUCGACUUCUGCGACUCGACGCAAGCAGCAAACUUCCAGCUGUGCACCCACACCAGGAAGUUCUUCGUGUCGAUCCAGCCUCCGGUGGGCGAGCUGAUGCGCUCCGUCUUCCUCACAGAGAACGAGUUUAAGAAGGAGCAAGGUCAGCUGAUGGGGAUGAACGAGAUCACGGAGAAGCUCACGCUCGAUGCAAAGUGCCGGAACGAACACGCCAUCGUUCAGAGAGUGACGGCCGCCGCCAACCUCAGCAGGGUGCCGUGCGGCUCGGACCGGGAGUGCAGGUUCGCCGGCAGGACGGUGACCAGCGGCAGCUUGGUGCUGGUCACCGUGGCGACGGGGGAGGACGGAUCGGCCCAGCUGACGGUCAACUGCGAGAAGAUGGUGAUCGGCACCAUGCUGGUGAAGGACAUCCUGCUGGCUCUGACGCAGUGACCCCGCCUCCGACCCCGCCCCUCCCCCCUCGCCUCGUCCGUGUAGCGUCGCCCGCGUUCCUCUUCGUCCGUCGGGAAGUUUCCAGAGCGUUCGGAGCCGGAGGGCAGGAGAACGAGCGCAGCUCUGACGUUGUUCCAUCCCGCGGGAUUUACUGGGUCAGACUAGGAAACCAAAACCAGCAGUUCGUUCAGAAGCCCCGACAUCCAAACUUCAACCCUGCUCUGAAGCUUUCAGGGUUUUCAGAGGAUUUGGUU